UCCGCGCCGCCCUGCGCGCCGCCAUGGGGCUCACGAAGCAGUACCUGCGCUAUGGGCCGGCUGCGCUCUUCGGGCUCGUGGGCAGCGCUCGGGGAAACGCGGCCUUCGUGGCGCUGCGUGGCGAGCGGGGCCGCUGCGUGGCCGUGCCGGCCUGCGAGCACGUCUUCGUGUGGGACACGCGGAAAGGCGAGAAGGUCCUUAUCCUUAAAGGUCUCAAGCAUGAGGUCAGUUGUCUCUGCCCUUCUCCAGAUGGGUUACACUUAGCGGUAGGGUAUGAAGAUGGAUCAAUCCGUGUCUUCAGCCUCGUAAGUGGAGAAGCAAAUGUCACCUUCAAUGGACACAAGGCUGCAGUGACAGCCCUGAAGUACGACCACCUAGGGGGCCGCCUGGUGUCUGGCUCAAAGGACACAGAUGUCAUUGUGUGGGAUGUCAUCAAUGAGAGCGGUUUGUACCGACUGAAAGGGCACAAGGAUGCGGUCACGCAAGUCCUGUUCCUGAAGAGGAACCUGCUGGUUACCAGUGGCAAAGAUGCAAUGGUGAAAUGGUGGGACUUGGAUACCCAUCACUGCUUCAAAACUCUGGUUGGACACCGUACAGAGGUCUGGGGACUGGCUUUGGUGUCAGAGGAGAAACGUCUGAUCACUGGGACUGCUGACAGUGAGCUGAGAGUGUGGGAUAUCACUUAUAUCCAAGAGGAACAGAUCAAAGACCCUGAUGAACCAGAAUCCAAGAAAAGCAAAGGGUCAUCACUUGGAGCAGAUGAAAAUACCGAAGAAGAUGAGACUCUAGAGCUGGAUGAGAGUCCUGAGGAUCGUCUCCUAACUUGCAGCAAAGUUGGAUCCAUCAUGCGAGAAGGGAGAGACCGAGUAGUCACUCUAGCCGCGGACCAAACAGGCAAAAUUUUGGCUUGCCAUGGAACAGAUGCUGUGUUGGAAGUGUUCUCUGUUCUUUCUGAAGAGGAAGUCCAAAAGAAAUUGGAAAAGAAAACAAAGAAAGCAAAGAAAAAAGCGAAGCAGAAAUCUGAAGAACAACCUGAAGGGACUGUGGAGCUGAGCCUGCAGGAGGAGAUUCAGCGGGUUGCUAACGUCAGAGCUUCUGCUAAAAUCAAGUCAUUUGACUUGACUCUCUUUCCAAAAGGAGAGCUGAAGAUUGUAUUGCUGCUCCAGAACAACAUCAUUGAGUCAUAUAACCUGAACCUGUCAGCGCAAGUCCCACAGGCUGUCCGUACAUCUAAGAUAACCAUUGGAGGCCACCGCAGUGAUGUCAGGACGUUGGCUUUUAGCUCUGACAACAUUGCCAUUCUCUCAGCAGCUGCAGAGUCUGUAAAGAUUUGGAACAGAUCAACCUUACAGUGCAUCCGAACAAUGGAAUGUGAUUAUGCGCUAUGCUCACUCUUUGUGCCUGGAGAUCGGCAGGUCAUUGUUGGCACUAAGACAGGGAAGUUGCAGCUGUAUGACCUGGCUUCUGGAAGUCUGAUGGAGACACUGGCAGCUCAUGAUGGGGCAGUGUGGUCCAUUGCUCUUUCACCAGACCAGCAUGGCUUUGUGACAGGAGGUGCUGAUAAAUGUGUCAAGUUCUGGGAGUUUGAGCUUGUGAAGGAUGAAAGCAGCAUUCAAAAAAGGCUCUCUAUGAAACAGAUGCGCAUCUUGCAGCUGGAUGAAGAUGUUCUCUGUGUGCGGUACAGCCCCAACCAGAAGUUGCUGGCUGUCUCUUUACUAGAUUGCACUGUGAAAAUUUUCUACACUGACACACUCAAGUUUUUCCUUUCCUUGUAUGGACACAAGCUGCCAGUGCUGUGCAUGGACAUUUCCUAUGAUGGGACUCUUAUCGCCACUGGCUCUGCUGACAGGAAUGUGAAAAUUUGGGGAUUGGACUUUGGAGACUGUCACCGUUCUCUCUUUGCUCACGACGACAGUGUGAUGCAUCUCCAGUUUGUUGCCAAAUCCCAUCUCUUCUUCACUGCUGGGAAGGACAACAAGAUUAAGCAGUGGGAUGCAGAUAAAUUUGAGCACAUCCAGACGUUGGAGGGACAUCACCAAGAGGUGUGGUGCUUGGCACUCAGUCCUAAUGGAGACUAUGUGGUUUCAGCAUCCCAUGACAAGUCCUUGCGCCUCUGGGAAAGAACGAGAGAGCCCCUCAUACUGGAAGAGGAAAGGGAGAUGCAAAGAGAAGCUGAAUAUGAGGAGAGUGUGGCAAAGGAAGAGCAGCCUGUGGUGGCUGGAGAGACACAAGGAGAGACAGGGCUAGCAGGAAAGAAAACUAUUGAAACGAUCAAAGCGGCUGAACGGAUCAUGGAAGCUAUUGAACUGUACAGAGAAGAGAUGGCAAAACUCAAGGAGCACAAGGCCAUAUGCAAAGCUGCAGGAAAAGAGGUUCCCCUUCCUGUUAAUCCCAUCCUCCGUGCCUAUGGAAAUAUUACCCCUUCUGCAUAUGUGCUAGAAGUUUUCAAGAAGGUCAAGUCAAGUGAGCUGGAAGAGUCUCUCCUGGUACUGCCUUUCUCCUAUGUCCCUGAUCUCCUCAGGCUCUUCAGUGAACACAUUCAUCUGGGCUCAGAGGUGGAACUCCUGUGCCGAGCUCUCAUCUUCCUUCUCAAGAUACAUUUUGGGCAGAUCACAAGCAACCAUAUGCUGGUGAGUGUGAUAGAGAAUUUGAAGAAAACCACCAUCUCCAGAGUCAGUGAGGCCCGGGAUGUGUUGGGAUUCAACAUGGCAGGUCUCCAGUACCUGAAGAGGGAGAUUGAGGCCAAAGAUGAGGUGAAAUUUUUUGCUGAUGCUACUGACCGUUUUGAGGAGAAGAGGAGGAAGAGGAAGAAGAAGGAGAAGAUGGUUCUUGCAGUGGUUUAGCAUUUGCUGCCCAUAACCCACACUGAGAUGGAUUCAUGUAGCCUCUAUGCUGGCUGUGGAACUGCUUUUGUGGCUGACUGUCUGUGAUGAUGCCCAGUGACUGGGCUGAAGGCUGGCUUGUCCCCUUGUCGAAUAACUCACCUUUCACCAGGGAACAGUGCCAACCGGGAAUGAAUUUUUCUAGUGACAUGAACUCUCUAUGGUCUGUUGUAUAUGAAAGUAUUUGAGCUGUUUCUGGGGUGGUUGCCAUGUUUCAAAAUGCUUUAUGAGCAUAUUGAGGAAUAUAGCAUUUUAUCCUGCUAUUUCUCUCUAGUACAACCUCAGCUGCCUGGCUGUGAUGGUCAGUUCUCAUAGCCUUUUUUUUGUUUUGUUGUUUUUUCCAGGAAAUAAAAUCUGUGGGUACAAAUUAAAGGGUUGCAGUCAAAGAUCGUGGUAUUUUGUACAGCUGGCAGACUGAAUGCUUGGGAAGCAUUGUAUUUGCACUCUCCUUCUUGCAGUUCACCAGAUGUUUUACAAUAUUGGUACAAUGUUGUACAUGUCCUGUGUCAGAUAAAGGUUUAUUUUUAUGAGCCGGUGGGGAGGGAGUGAUGAAAGUGAAGAAGUCUCUGCUGCUUGUUCGUUUGUAGCAUGUGUUUUUUUAAUGGUUAUCAUAAGGUUCAUGAAUGUGGUAGAGACUGCUUCCAUGUACUUUGGAAAAAACAGUUACAUACUGGACUUAUGGGUCUGACUUGGAUACUCAAAGCUGGAUUUCUUUCUAGCUUGAGCUUCAACUGGAUUUUUAUAGCAUCUCAGUUAUUGACUGAGAUGCUAUAAACCUUGCCUACCUUAUGUUUUCUAUUAUUAACAAUUAUGCACAAGGUAAGCAGUUCUGUUAACAGUUCUUUCUCUGCCAGUCUUUGAUAGCUCCUCAGAUUGAAUAACUACAUCUCUUAAAAAACGCUUGCUGCUAGUAAAUAACCUUUUUGGGAAUAAUGGUUCACUUGUUCCUUUCCUGAGUAAUUUAGAUCAGCAGUUCAUGCUCCAGUUACAGGAGAUGGGAAUUGGACAUUUUUACAAAUAGUCAUCUUCAUAUAGUUCUGCCAGUUGUUCCCAGGUAUAAUUGCAUGUUUGUUUAGUUGUGGAUGGGGUUUUGGAUCAAGCAGUUACAUUCAAACAUGUUUCCAUCCUGACAGUUAUUAAACUAUUCAUUUGCUGUUUCCAAAGGAGAUAGUUAUAAGAGAAGUCACUGUGGUGUGAGGAAGAGGAUGCAUUGUGUAGUCGUAGGAUGAUGAAGUGUUGGUAACUGCAGUUGGCAUCUUGUUUCCAUGACAGCUUCUGUUGAAAUGAGCUGGACAGUUAGUAACGCAAGGAUGAAGAGUGUUCACCCAGUGAAGAAGUGCGAGGUUCGUGAUACCAAUUGCAUCUUCUGCAGUGAUGACUGAGGAGAGGGAUACCAAAAGCAGGUACCUAAAGGGAAACACUGACUCUCUAUCUCCUUAUGAUGUGCUCUGUUUUUUUUACAUUGAUGCCAGAAGAGCUUAUCCUGGAGCUUAGAUAAGGAGCUGCUCUGAAAACCCCAGGAGAAAAGGUAUGGCCAAAGGUACACUUGAACUCAAGAACUAAUGACGAUUCCAUAGAUAGUGUCAGAGAAUAGUGAUCUAGGACAGAGUCAUCUCAUGAUGACAGAUUCUUUCCUCUGAUCUAUGACAUUGGAGGAGAUAGAAUUCCUUAACCAGCUUCUCUGUUUCCUGUCACUGGGACUCUAGAAGAAUCCUUGGAAGUAGUCCAAGGAUUACACUUUGGAGGGUGAUUGUCCUUGCUGUAGGUACUGACAAGGGCUUCCCUCCUGAACUUUCCUGCUCAUUCUGUGAUUUGUAUCACUUGUGACCUACCAGCAACUGUGAUGUACUUGAAUGCUGAGAAAGUAUAACUGAGAGGCCUGAUGUAGAACUACUGACUAUCUGUAGAAAGCAGUGAAAAGCAUUAGGGCAGGAAUCAGCACAGUUAGUAGCAAAAUCAUUAGUACUGGACAAUCCCAGAUCAAGUUUGGCGCUGCUUCCUAUGGUUUCUUCCAGAAGGUAAGUAAAGUUAAAAUCAUGUUUACAGUUGUGUGUCUGUUUCAGCAUUUUCCUGAGCUGCCCUUCAAACUUGGUUAAUAGGCCAAAUCUUCUGACUCAAAGGAAAAUCUGAGGGAUGACACAGUUAUGUCUAGCAGUGCAGUGUAGUGCACUGAUCCUCAUCGUCUACUCAGUGGUGAGAUUCUGUCUGGACUGCUGUUUCCAGUUCUGAGCUCCCCAGUAUAAGAGGGACAUGGAUCUACUGGAGUGAGUCUAGCAUAGACUCAUGAUUAGAGGUCUGGAGCAUUUCCUCUAUGAGGAAAGACAGAGAGCUGGGGCAGUUUAACCUAGCUGAGCA